CCUCUCCCUUUCUCCCUCGACGACGGAACUAAGCGUAGACACUACAACUCCCAGCAUGCCUUGGGGGCCGAGGCUUGUUCAGUAGGGGGUGUCAUUCAGCGCCACUGCUGUCGUCGUGGGGCCUACAGAGGAAGAGGAGGAGAACAGCAAGAUGGCGCUGACUAGCUUUUUACCAGCACCAACUCAGCUAUCUCAGGACCAGUUGGAGUUAGAAGAGAGGACAAGAUUGCAAAGGGUGAGGCAGACAGCACUAGUGUCAUCAAGAAGGGAGCCUCCUCCUUAUGGUUAUCGGAAAGGAUGGAUACCACGAAUGUUGGAGGAUUUUGGAGAUGGAGGUGCUUUCCCAGAAAUUCAUGUUGCUCAGUAUCCUCUGGAUAUGGGCCGAAAAAAGAAAAUGUCCAAUGCGUUAGCUGUUCAGGUCGAUGCAGAAGGAAAAAUAAAAUACGAUGCUAUUGCUCGUCAGGGUCAGUCAAAAGACAAGGUCAUUUACAGCAGAUACACAGACUUGAUUCCAAAGGAGGUUAUGAAUGUGGAUGACCCUGAGCUGCAAAGACCUGAUGAGGAAGCUGUCAGAGAGCUUACAGAAAAGACCCGAACAGCAUUAGAAAAGUCUGUCUCCCAGAAAAUUGCAGCAGCCAUGCCAGUCCGAGCAGCUGAUAAACUAGCUCCAGCUCAGUACAUCCGAUACACACCAUCACAGCAGGGUGUGGCCUUUAACUCUGGUGCAAAACAGAGAGUUAUUAGAAUGGUAGAGAUGCAGAAGGACCCCAUGGAACCCCCAAGAUUCAAGAUUAACAAGAAAAUUCCUCGUGGGCCACCGUCGCCUCCAGCUCCUGUGAUGCAUUCUCCCAGCAGAAAGAUGACUGUGAAGGAGCAGCAGGAAUGGAAAAUUCCUCCUUGCAUUUCAAACUGGAAAAAUGCAAAGGGUUACACUAUUCCAUUAGACAAGCGUCUGGCUGCGGAUGGCAGAGGAUUGCAGACUGUACACAUAAAUGAAAACUUUGCCAAGUUGGCUGAGGCUCUCUAUAUUGCUGAUAGAAAGGCUCGUGAGGCUGUAGAAAUGCGAGCCCAGGUGGAACGGAAGAUGGCCCAGAAGGAGAAAGAAAAACAUGAGGAGAAACUGCGAGAAAUGGCCCAGAAGGCUAGGGAGCGAAGAGCUGGAAUAAAAACCCAUGUGGAAAAAGAGGAUGGAGAAGCCAGAGAACGUGAUGAAAUCAGACAUGACAGGCGAAAAGAGAGACAGCAUGACCGGAAUCUUUCCAGAGCAGCUCCUGAUAAAAGGUCAAAGUUACAGAGGAAUGAGAACAGAGAUAUUAGUGAAGUCAUUGCUUUGGGAGUUCCUAACCCUCGGACAUCCAACGAAGUCCAGUAUGACCAGAGGCUCUUCAACCAGAGCAAGGGUAUGGACAGUGGCUUUGCUGGUGGAGAAGAUGAGAUUUACAAUGUCUAUGAUCAGCCUUGGAGAAGCGGGAAAGACAUGGCACAAAAUAUCUACAGGCCUAGUAAGAACAUGGAUAAAGACAUGUACGGAGAUGAUUUGGAGGCACGAAUAAAAACUACAAACAGGUUUGUUCCUGAUAAAGAAUUUUCUGGCUCAGAUCGCAGACAAAGAGGUCGUGAAGGACCAGUUCAAUUUGAGGAGGAUCCUUUUGGUCUAGAUAAGUUCUUGGAAGAGGCCAAACAGCAUGGGGGCUCAAAAAGGCCUGAUAGUAGUCGCCCUAAAGAGCAUGAGCAUGAAGGCAAAAAGAGAAGGAAAGAGUAAGGAACUGGUUUGUCCUUGGAGAGUGACACUGAAUUUAUAACUUGGAGCAUUUUUAACAAGCCUGUCAGGGUUGUCAAGACCAACUGACAGCUCUUUGGUGAUGGAUAUAGUGUGUGCCACAAAUCAAGCAGGACAAUUUUUAUCCACAGAAUAGUGGGAAGUUACAAUUGGGCCACUGAAUUAUCUAAGUUCUACAUGUUGGGCUGUACCUGUGUCCUUCCUGUUUGUUUCUACACAAAUGGAGCUUUUGUGUUUUAUUUGGAACAUGCUGCUCAAUGUAUUGUCUUUAGUUAAAGCUGCUUAUUCCAGCUGAUAACCUUGUAUAUAGUUUGCCUUGCUUCUGCUGAAUUGUACUUGAAAAGUGGAAGGAUAUUGUGAUUCACUUGUUCUGUUGUGGUUGUAUAAUUAAUUUAGAUAAUGAAUCCAUUUAACAGAGAUGCAUACAUAUACAGGUUUAUUUUAGCUUCCUUAUACAGUAGUGAAAUAAAAGCUCCUUCCUUUAACUGGU